AUUUCCAGCUUUCAUCAAUAAAUUUAUGAAUCAAAAAUCGUUUGUCGUCACCCCAAAAAAACUCUAGUUCUAAAUAUAAACAUUUAGCUAACGGUUCAUGCGCUUUCGACUUGUUUACUCCGUACCACCGUAGAGUUUCGUAGAUGAUUCACCAUUGAAUAACCUAGUACACCUACAAAUUCAAUAACAAAAACAGCUGUGCCUAAAUUUUAUUUAAAAAACAUUCAAUAAUAAUUACAAAAUAAUUUCUUUCCAUAAUCUCAGUGAUAAAAGAAAUAAAAUUUAAAAAAUGGAAAGAUAUAAUUCAAAAACCGUGAAACAUAAGCUGCAAUACGAAUGGGAAAUUGGUGACUUUACAUCACUCGUUGACACGCCCAAUUUUAAUGUGAGUUGCGUUGAAUUUGAAUCUCCAAAAUUUUCAGUUAAAGCUGGUUUUGAAAACCAAUGGUAUUUGGAGUUGAAUUCGUCCAAAGAAAGAAUUCUGAUAUAUCUUGUCUCAAAUACAUUGAAAAAGAAUCUGAGAGCUCAGUAUACAUUUUCUAUUUUGAAUUAUAAAAAAGAAAAAAAAUUAGUCAAGUUAUUUAAUUACUUUUAUAAUUCACCUCCAUGUCGUGGACCGGAAAUAAGCAUCUUCAAACAUGAGCUACUUAAUAAUAAACAAGAAUAUUUACCAAAUAAUACACUAACAAUAUGUGUAGAUCUUGGAGUAUACGAUCAUUAUUCAUUGAGUGUUCAAAUCCCAUCAAAGUCUUCAAAAUAUUCAAUUGCUGAUGAUCUUAAAAAGCUACUCGAUGUCACUGUAGCAAGUGACAUUACUUUGGUGGUGAGUAACAGAGAAUUUAAAUCACACAAAGCUCUGCUGAUGGUAAGAAGUCCAGUUUUUUAUGCGAUGCUCAGUCACGAUAUGAAAGAAAAAAAAGAAAAUAAAAUAACUGUACCAGAUAUUGAUCCAGAAUUAUUUGAAAAGGUGUUUGAAUUUAUUUACUCCGACAAAGUUACUGAUCUUGAUAACUUUGCUGAGCAGUUACUGGAAGUUGCUGAUCAGUACCAGUUGCCAGGACUUGUGGAAUUGUGUGAAGAAUCACUGGGAAAGUCUUUGACAGAUUAUAAUGCAGUCAGAAUUAUGGUAUUAGCUGAUCGCUUUAAUGCCAAACAGUUAUUUGACUUUGCUAUUGAUUAUGUGGUCAGUAACAUUACACGUAUUAUGACUACAAGUGAUUAUCAAGAAAUAGUAAAGUCUAAUCCUUUUAUUUCAUUGAAACUCAUUGAGAAAUUUGCGACAUCUGGAUAUGGAAUUGGAACGUCGUAAUAAUUUUUUAAAUUACUGAUGAUGAAGGAAGACUUUGACCAGGUUCUACUACAGACAAAUAAAUCAAAAACAAUUUAAUGCAAGUUUACUUAAAAAGCAUUCAUACUUACGAGUACAUUAUCGUACUCAUGUACUGAAGUACUUAAAAAAAAAACUACCUCAAUAUAUUAUAAAUAUAAAUAAAUACAGACAAUAAAUUUAUUCCGUCUCAAAACUAAUUAUAAAUAUACUAAUAAUAUAUAAAAAAAAAAAAUAUUUAACAAAGUCGCGUGCAUUUUUCUAUAAAUAUUUAAUAUGUUUAUUAAAAAAUAAAAUUUUUGAUUGUGUGCUGAUUUUACUCUUAUAUAUUUA